AGAGAGAGAGAGAGAGAGAGAGAGAGAGAGAGAGAGAGAGAGAGAGAGAGAGAGAGAGGAGACUCAGCAUCAGGUGUAAAGGAGGGACAUCUCUAAAAGAGAGAUACAGGAGCAAGAUGGGAGCCAAGCUCUGACCGCUACCUGGGAUUUCUGCACGGGCCGAGAGGGAGAUCCCAAUCCACAGGGAUUUACUCAAAACCCUUACUUCCCUCAAACACGACCUCAUCACCACCUCCCUACCUGCACCGGCACUAAGUGACAAGGAUCAGGCCAGUUUAGUAGGACUAUCUCCUGCCACCGCCCUCCUCCCACCCAUUACCGCCCCCUCCUCACCAGCAGGCGGGCUUUGGCCAAUCAACAAGGCGGUCCGGGAGGCGGAGCCUUGCUAUUGGCUGAUCCUGCAGCGCUCCAGGAGUCCCGCCUUCUUUAGCUCAGCCCGCGUCUGGCUGGGAAGGCGCCGACCUCGCGGGAGAGACUGUUCUAAGACUGCCAAAGGGGUCGCCAUGGCCUGCAGCCCAGGCAGUGAGGCUUCCUUGGAGGGGAUUUCCCUGGGCUCCUCUGAAGAAGCAGAGCUCCGCAGGGAAGCUAUGCAGCAAGUCUUGGACAACCUGGGAUCCCUGCCCAAUGCCACCGGGGCUGCGGAACUGGACCUGAUCUUCCUUCGAGGGAUAAUGGAAAGUCCGAUAGUCAGAUCCCUGGCCAAGGCCCACGAGCGGCUGGAGGAGACCAAGCUGGAGGCCGUUCGGGAUAACAACCUGGAGCUGGUGCAGGAGAUCCUUCGGGACCUGGCAGAGCUGGCAGAGCAGAGUAGCACGGCUGCGGAGCUGGCCCGCAUCCUCCAAGAGCCUCACUUCCAGGUUCCAGUCCUCCUGGAGACACAUGACUCCGUGGCCUCAAAGACCUAUGAGACACCGCCCCCCAGUCCAGGUCUGGAUCCCACGUUUAGCAACCAGCCGGUACCUCCUGAUGCUGUGCGCAUGGUGGGCAUUCGAAAGACCGCAGGAGAACAUCUGGGUGUGACAUUCCGAGUGGAGGGUGGCGAGCUGGUGAUUGCCCGAAUUCUGCACGGGGGCAUGGUGGCGCAGCAAGGCCUGCUGCACGUUGGUGACAUCAUCAAGGAAGUGAAUGGGCAGCCAGUGGGCAGCGAUCCCCGGGCACUGCAGGAACUCCUACGCAGCGCCAGUGGCAGCGUCAUCCUCAAGAUCCUGCCCAGUUACCAGGAACCCCACCUGCCCCGACAGGUGUUUGUUAAAUGCCACUUCGAUUAUGACCCUGCCCGGGACAGUCUCAUCCCCUGCAAGGAAGCAGGCCUGCGAUUCAACGCCGGGGACUUGCUCCAGAUUGUAAACCAAGAUGAUGCCAAUUGGUGGCAGGCAUGCCAUGUUGAAGGGGGCAGCGCAGGACUCAUCCCCAGCCAGUUGUUGGAGGAGAAGCGGAAAGCAUUUGUCAAACGGGACCUGGAACUGACCCCGACCUCAGGGACCCUGUGCGGCAGCCUUUCAGGAAAGAAAAAGAAGCGAAUGAUGUAUUUGACCACCAAGAAUGCAGAGUUUGACCGCCAUGAGCUGCUUAUCUAUGAGGAGGUGGCCCGCAUGCCCCCAUUCCGUAGGAAAACCCUGGUGCUGAUUGGCGCGCAGGGUGUGGGCCGGCGAAGCCUGAAAAACAAGCUCAUUCUGUGGGAUCCAGACCGCUACGGCACCACAGUGCCCUACACAUCCCGGAGGCCCAAGGACUCAGAACGGGAGGGGCAGGGCUACAGCUUUGUGUCUCGUGGGGAGAUGGAGGCUGACAUCCGCGCCGGGCGCUACUUGGAGCAUGGCGAGUAUGAGGGCAACCUGUACGGCACGCGGAUCGACUCCAUCCGGGGCGUUGUUGCCUCGGGCAAGGUGUGCGUGCUGGAUGUCAACCCGCAGGCGGUGAAGGUCCUGAGGACAGCUGAGUUUGUCCCUUACGUGGUGUUCAUUGAGGCUCCUGACUUUGAGACUCUGCGGGCCAUGAACCGAGCUGCCCUGGAGAGCGGAGUGUCCACUAAGCAGCUGACGGAGGCGGAUCUGAGGCGGACAGUGGAGGAGAGCAGCCGCAUCCAGAGGGGCUAUGGGCAUUAUUUCGACCUCAGCCUGGUCAACAGCAACCUGGAGAGGACCUUCCGCGAGCUCCAGACUGCCAUGGAGAAGCUUCGCACGGAGCCCCAGUGGGUGCCUGUGAGCUGGGUGUACUGAGUCUUGGUCUGGACCUUGUCACCGCCUGGUCGGGAAUCCAACUUUCACUCGGCCUGUGAUACUCCCCCACCCUGCUAAUGGUCUUCAUCCUCCCAUCUCCGGUUUUCCCUGGACCACAGUUCCCAGCAGGGGCUGGCUUCAGAUAGAGAGGUGUGCACUGCCAGGGAGGUAGGUGUUCAUGGGGUACCUCUGUACCCAGGUGCUGCCCACUCCCCACGUCUACCGGCCACCAGACAUCCCUUUCUGAGGAUCAUGCUGUGUCCGGGAGCAUCACAGAUCACUCCUGUAAAUCUCAGUCCAGGGAAGAGCAGAGCCGCUUGGGGCCUUGUGGUCAGUAGGUCUGUGACCCUGCUAGCUUUUUCUCCUCUCUGGACUGGCCACCGCCAUCCUGUUCGCUGGCCCCCUCCCACCCCUUACUAUAGUCUAAGGAACAGCCUUGGGCUGUCCUCAUACGGCCAGCUACUCAGACCACUGGUCGUAGGCAGACCCAGGUAAUGGUGCCAGUCUGGGCCAUUUUAGAGGCUGGGGACACCCCGUCACGAGCCGUUGCUGCAGCUGGUGACGCAGGCCUCAGCUCCCUGAGGAGUAAACAUAGUCUGGUCCCUCCCUUACUCCAAGCUUCUCACUGCCAAAGUCUCUCCACAGACUUUCUCAAUGUGUCCCUCUUUUGUAAGCCCUGCUCCUCAGACUUGC